GCAAUAAAUGAGCUAGUAGUUUCUUAUCCGGUGCUGAUGCCCUUAAUCCAAGCUACUUUAUCGUUUGUUGUGGAACUACGAGAUUUUCAUAAUAUUGAUCUCUACCAUCGUGGCUAUUACCAAGUUCGUACUCACUUAAAAACAGGUGUGCAAACCACAGGGACUACUGGAUCUAACAAUGGUAAAUCACUGGCCUUUGUUGAACCGCCAUCCCGUUGGGAACGAGCUAGUACACGACUCAAAGUGUCAGAAGCUGUAAAAGCCAGUUAUAUCGAGCCGAGUGUUUCUGUUCCAGCUUACACACCAGACAAAGCAUGUAGCAAAACAUUGUUGAUCAUGUAUCGAGAUGAAUCGGCAAGGUUAUGUGAUGUGUUUGAACAGAGGGUAUUGGUACAAGUUGAUCCGAUUAAUUUAGAGGAGUCUCUAAUAAAAAACGAUCUUUUCCUAUGCGUUGAGCUAUGGUUUGUCGAAGACCCACUUGACAGACCUUUUGCUCCUGAAUUUCUGACUAAGGUAUGUGAGCGUCAACUACGUAUUCAUUUAACACCAUCUCGUGGACUUCAUUAUCACUUCACCGUAUUCUUCGAUUAUUUUCAUUUAUGUGCUAUUGAAUUGGCACUUUAUGGAGCAUUAACAAACAUCACUUCAAGUAUUAUUAGUUGGCCAAAAUUUUCACCACAUAAUACACCAUUACAAACAAACAACCAAAUUAUUAGUUUAGCUCAACAAACAUGGCAUGGUAUCAUUUGCAGUAUCAAACAGCCUAACAGACGUCAUUUUGCACUUGCUAUUCAUCGACAUCUCUGUCAAAUAUUAUUAGCGGCAAGAGAAUCCAUGUUAUUAUUUUGGCGUGAAAGUCUUCCGUAUUUACCUUCAAAUAUGAGACCACGUAUUGAACCUGUUGACUUUCAAAGUAAAUUGGAUUCACUUGUACAAAUAGCUCAAAGCCUAGAAACAGAUGAUGAUUUAGCGAAUCAAAUUUCAUUUGAUAUUGCUCGUCUCUCGUCUCAAAAUACUGUUCUAUUUAAACAACUAUGUAAAUCUGUCACCUUACAAUCCAAGUUGGCUGCUUUUUUACGUCGAAGGUUUCAUCAAAUUCGUAUGAAACGAUUGGCUGAGGCAUUUUUCUGUCAAGAAUUAUCACUUGUCAAUUUACUAGCUAUUUAUGACUCAAGUGUUGUAGGACAUGAAUCACUUGCUAAUGAUGUUCGCCAAUCAGUUUAUUUUCAAAAACUUCCAACUUUACCAGUUACCUGUCGUGAGUUAGACGGUGAUGUUACUAAUCUACCGAUUAUCUUCGAAGACAUCUUUUUACCACAUAAUAAUAAUAACAAUAAUAAUAAGACAAAAUCAUUGAAUUUAUCUCAACCAAUUAAUGGUAAUAAUAAUAAUGCAAUAUAUACAACCAAUCCACCAAAAACAAAAUAUACUUCAAUGGAGUUAUUGUCAACUCAUAAAUCCCCAUCUACCAUUGAUGAUGAUGCAUUUACACCAAUAAAAACUCGUUCAGAUGAUAAUGAGUCCGGUAUUUAUAUGGAGGAAGAUGUAGUGGGAGUAGGAGUAUUAUCAAAGACUGCAACUAGAAAUAAGUCAACUGAUUUAUCUAAAUGUGACACAAUACCAGUUAAUAAAGAAGAAUCUACACCUAUAUCAAACUAUAUUUAUCCAUCAAGUGUACCCAAUCCUCUUUCAAACUAUCAACUUCAAAAUUUUUCUCAUUCAAGUCCUAAUCUCUUAUCAUCAUCACCAUCAUUACAACAAAUUCAUGUAAAAACUAGACCAAUUUUUAAACCAUUUCUUACUACAGUUAACAAUAUGACAACCCCACAAUCUAAACGCAAAUUUCACUUACCUAGUAACCAUAGUCGGAAAUUUCAUUAUUUUGACAAGUCACGUGAAUCUAAUGUUCUAUCACAUUUAAAUAGUAAUAACUCAAAAGUUAAAUUAGUUGGUUACCGUUCUAUUCAACCAGCAGAGAACGACGAUAUAAGGAAUCAAUAUUCUGGCUUAUCUGAUAAUCGACGUAGAUUGACUGAAUCCUCUUUCAAUAUUUAUUCCGAUAUAAAUCAUUGUUCAUAUUCUUCUACUGGCCUACGUCCUAUCGGUGGUCUGGCUAUUCGAGACAUGCGUUCUCGUUCCCUUUACAAUUUAUCACUGAAAUCACCUCAAGUAAAAUGUACUAAUUUAGAAACGAUCAAUAUAAAUAAUAAUUCAUCAAAAUCCACAUCUUUAUCUAUGUUGAAUAUUUCAAGUGAACUGAACGAUACACUAUUGUUUCAAUGUUCACCAAAAAAUAAAGACAGUAAAAUUUUGAAUUCGAAUUCAUUAACGUCACCAAAUUACAUCAAUUCAAAGUUGUCCAAUCAUAAUAAAUCUCAUGAAGUUAUUGCAUUAGGUACUUUAAAAAUUCCUCCAACAAAACCACCCGGUGGAUGUGUACCAUCUGAACACAUAUCUAAAGAAACAGAUUCCCUAUUGCCGUGUAAUCAUCUCUACAAAACUAAUAUUGGAAGCAGUUCUAUUUCCCUACCGAAUAUUCCACUUUCAUGUAUGAUUCCAAGAGUAGUUUCAGAAGGAUGUCUCACAAAUAUUUCAUCAGUAGAUCAAUUUUCCUGGAGUAAAUCUCGAAGGCGAGUAAAAGUUCGAAAUCUCAAAAGAAAUCAUAUGUUUGCUGCUAGAAAAUUGCACUGUAAUCAAUUGAAAACUUAUACUGCAGAUUUAGCUUAUUUAAGCAGUUGUUCAGAUUUACACCUUAGUAUUUUAGAAAAUGAAUUUAAAACAAUAAAUUAUCACCCAUUGUCAAUAAAUGAUUCUUUUACAAUGAUUUCAAAUGCAUCUAUUCCUUAUUCUUCGUUUGAAUCAAAAAAACGUUUAACUAAAUCAAGUACCAUUUUAUCAACUAAGGAUGAAUUCAUUUUGGAUAUACCAUCUUCAUUGACACCAUCAUUUUCUAAUAUUGAUUUAGUGGAUGGUAUGCAACAACAGAGUAUGAACGGUUAUAGUUUUCUAUCGCAUUGUUGGCCUAAUCAACGGAAUACUACUGGUUGUCGUAAUCACUAUAGGCAACAAGCAAAUAGUUUAAAAACGUCUAAAGAUCAUUUAGUGAGUGUAACUUAUACCGAUAAUAAUGAUAAGAAGCGGUCCACUAUCACUACUCACAAUAAUAAUAACAGUAAUAAUUAUCAUUAUUAUAGUGGUAAAUAUCAACGACCGAAAUCGCUAACUAUUGGAAGCAAUCAAGCGAAUAGAUUAAAUCAACAAAUUAUUACUGAAUUACCUGACUUUUCCACAUCUUGUCAGUAUGAUCAAGAAAGAAAAGUAAAUCAUCUGAAUGGCCCUUUUGCUACAACUGAAGCAACUAUUGACAACUGUAAUAAUAAACAACGUUUAUCUAGUAAUUCCGAUUCUUCGCAUUCAUCAUUACAUUGUAAUAAAUGUUUACCAUUAUUACCUACAGAAUUAUUAUCAUCGGAACAUGAUAACCGAUUGAAAGAAUGCGGUUAUCAGGUUUCCAAUUUAUUAAGUAGUGAUGAAGAAUUAUCAAAUAAAAAUUCACCGAAACUUAGUGUUCUAGAAAUGUUGAACACCAUCGAUUUGGACAGUUGUGGUGACAUACUUCCGAAAAAAGCUACAACUAUUAACUAUGCUACUUCUAAGAGUUGCGAACUUUCAACACAUUCACUUACUAAUCAAAAACGAAUUAAAAAGACAAAUUCUUUAACUUUUACAUCUUCGUUAUCAUCCAAAGAACAAAAUGAUAAUUAUCGAAAUACAUUAAAUGGUAUCCAUUUAGAUAUUAAAAAAUCUCACUCACUUGUUGAUAUAUUAUCACCUGGUGUAAUGGAAUUUUUACGUUUUAAAGAACUUGUUAAACGACAAAUUGCACCACAUUUUCAAGGUUAUGUUUAUAGUGAUUUUGUUAAACUCGCUGCACCAUAUCCAUAUUUUUCAGAAGCACCUGUAUUCAGUGGUGAUGUACAUCUUAUAAUUUGUGUUCAUGGUCUAGACGGUAACUCAUGUGAUUUGCGUCUUGUACGCGUUUAUCUUCAACUAGCUUUACCAGAUUGUAACUUACAUUUCCUUAUGUCAGAGUGUAAUCAAGACGAUACAUUCGGUGGUUUCGAUAUGAUGAGUGAGAAAUUAGUUAAUGAAAUUGUAAAUUAUAUCGAUGAAAUGGAUGAAAAACCAAAACGAAUUAGUUUUAUUGGACAUAGUAUGGGUUGUAUUAUAAUACGUGCAGCAUUGUUGAAUUCACGAAUGGAACCAUAUUUAUCUAAAUUGCACACAUUUCUGUCUUUAAGUGGUCCGCAUUUAGGCACAGUAUACAAUUCAUCUGGUCUCAUUAAUAUGGGCAUAUGGGUUAUGCAAAAAAUUAAAAAAUCUGAAAGUCUUUCACAAUUAAGACUGAGAGAUGAUCCAGAUUUACGUAAUACGUAUUUAUAUCGUUUAAGUACUAAUCCUGGCUUGGACCUAUUUCGUUAUGUUCUGUUGGUUGGAAGUCCACAAGAUCGUUAUGUACCGUAUCAUUCAACACGAAUUGAAUUGUGUAAAGCUGCAAUUAAAGAUUCUUCUACUCUUGGUGAUAAGAUUAUCCGCUUCUUCGUUUCUGAGGUUGAUUUAAAUGUGGUGGGUCAUUUCAACAAACACUUUUUGAUUAGCUUUCUGGGAUAUCCGCCUCUACAAAAAAAGCUGAUUGAAGAUAAGUUCAUUCACUUUUUUCGCGUAGUAACAAUGCUAAAAUGCAUUUUAGUACUUGAAAAUAAUGUCUGAACACAAUUCUUCUUGUGUAUUGUUUAGCGCUGAUGAGUUUUUCCAGAAUGACAAUUAAAGCUCUGCCAUUAAACCAUCUAGUUUAGAAAACUCAAAAGCAUCUUUAAAUCUUUUGUGUAUUGGGCAUUCGAAAAUUCCGAAAAAGCGAUUUCGUUUUUUUUCGUAUUAGUAAUUAUAUAUAACAGAACUAGUUGUUUGAUAUUCAUACCUUUAGGGAUCUAGUUCAAUCCAAAAAGUUAUUUUUUGUUGAUCUUAACUAUCUUGUUGUAAAUCCAAGCAACCUGGUUGCCAUUCGAAAGAUAGACACGAUCAAUUGUUUGGUGAGUUUAGGUAACAUGACGCAGAGUCAGUCACUGUGUGGUGUAUAUGCGUUCUCUAUCCGCCAGUUUUCCUGCACACAUAUCUUUCCAUUUCUUUUUUUCUACAUUUUCAACAUCUAAUUCUGCUCAUUAUGCUACUUUAGCUAUUUUGACUCAUUUUGUAAAAUCUCACCUCAUCGCGGUAAUAUAGCAUGCAAUUUAUGCCAACCCGUAUUUGUGUCAAGCUGAUUAACUGGCUGAGUUACAAACUAAUUAUCUAUAAAUACACUGUACAACAUAUCAAAUUAAUUAGUUUGUAACUAUUAAAAACUUAGUUUAUAACACGUGCUUAAGUGAUUGAUUUGUGAUGGAUGCACUAUAUCGUGGAUUCGUUGAAGUUAAUCAUUCACACCAUUGGAUGCCGGCUCAGUAGUCUAGAGGUUAGGCGUUCGUGCGCGAGACCGAAAGUCCUGUUCGGGAUCGUGGAUGCGUAAUGUCGAAGAGUCCCACAAUAGGACGAAACGGCCGUCCAGUGCUUCCAGGUUUUCAAUGGUGAUCUGGCAUUGGUCGAUUCAUGGAUUCAACUGUGUAAAUACUAUGAUCUCCACAAAUUCCCAUACUAACUGUUAUUGACUCAUACAUUUUUUGUUUGAUUUUAUCAAAUUCUAACAUUUUGCUGUAUUUUAUGUCAAUAAUUCAGUAAUAUUUCUUACAUAUUUUAUUCAUGAAUGUGACAGGAAUUAUUUAUAUGGAAAUGGUUACAAAUUUAUUACAACGUUUUAUCCAAUCAACCCGUACCACUGUAGUACGUUAUGAUGUACAUUAUAAUUUAACAAAUUCAGCAAAUACACUUAUUGGACGUGCUGCUCAUAUCGCUGUGUUAGAUUCUGAAAUAUUUUUAGAGAAAUUUAUUUGUGUUUCGGGUGCUAAAUAUUUCCGGUGAUUAUAAUUAAGUGUACUUGAAAAUGAUAUGAUUUGCCGCUUGCUAUGUUGUUAUUAUUAUUGUCUACAUUGAAAAAGAAUGAUAAUAGUAUGCAAUUCAACUUGAUUACUGUUUACAAAGUUAUAUAUACAUGUGUCCGGUUAUACUCUGUUGUUUGGUAAUUAAAUGCAAUAUCUGUUCAAACUACUCGAUUAAAAAAAGAACUCUUAAUUAACAAGAAGAUACGUGAAGGGAAUACGCAAAAGUCUAUCGCAUUUACAUUUUUUUUACAGUAGAUUCUAUGUAUAUAUUUGUGUGUUGUAAACUUGUACUCACUAAUAAAUUACAUCCGAACAAGCAUAUCAACUAGUGACAUUGGGUUUUUUUCAAUUUACUCAUUAUUUAAUUAUUUCACUCCCCUCCUACUUUUUAUUGUUUUCUGAUAAUAGAAUUCCAUAAUUUCAGUAGUUUACUCAGCGUACUUAUUCUAUUUUGUUUUGUUCCAACGCAUAGGAGGAUUAAUAAUAUGUAUGUUUCCUAAAUACUACUGAAAUAUAUAUUGCUUGUAAAGCGAUAAAAAUAAUAGAAAUAAUAGUAUUGAGAGAAACAGUGAACUAUACGUUCUUCUUUGUCGUACAGUCUUUUUCUUUGUAUUGAUGAUUACGUAUAGUUUUUUUUAAUAAUCAUAUGCAAUAUUCCAAGUCUUUUAUUUGCUUUCCUCUACACAAUCAUACAUAUUAAUAAAUAAUUCAGGAUAUAGGAACCUUCAUUUGCUGUAUUGUGUGUGCAAGUACAACAACGCAUACUCAUUGUGAUCAGUUAUUUUUCUCAACUUUGUUAUUUUGUUUUUUUCCCUGCAUAUUUUGUUCAUUGUUUGUACUUCUUUUGUUUUCAUACUGACAAUCGCGUGUUGUUUUGUUUCUUUACAUCUUUUUCGACUGCCAUGUUUUACAUCUUUAUGAUUAAUAACACACGAUGAGGUAACAAUGACGAACAAUAUGUGUUUGUUCUUAAAACGUUCUAGAAAGCAAAAUCAAAAAUACAAUGGUAUGAUAACCAACAAUGUCACCGUUAAUUCAUGAUAUAUUCAUCAAUAUUGUAUCAUAUACUGAUUUGUUUAUUCCUUUUUUUAAUUUUUUAUUGCUAUCAUUAUUGUCGAAAAGAAUGAUGCGACUUUUUUGUAUUAUUUUUCUGCUCCCUGAAUGCUAAUCUGAUUAUUGCAUUUCUAUAGGUCUACUUUGCAGCAACAACAACACUGCCUUCUCUCAUCUCUGCAUAGUCUAGACUUUUAACUACACUCACAAUGUGACAAACUUUUUUCAAUUGGUACAAAACUUGUAUUGUUAUUUAAAAAUCAAACAUGAAAUAUCGUUAACACUACAGUUAUUAUUCUCUUAGCUACUUUUAUUACUAAGUGUUUUAAACAAAUAUUCAAAUUACUACUUGAAUAAAUCCUCAAUGUUUUUC